AAUCUAAAGACAGCAAAGUAGACAAGCACGUGUACACGUACAACGGUUUAUCUAACAGAUAACCUCUACGUGGGUGUUUUCUUUCCCUCACAGGAGGUUGUAGGUAAUUCGUGACAUGUGUAACCCACUCAACGGUGCAUUUACACAAAACGGUGUGAUGCUACACUAAUGUCGGCUUUAGGAAGAAGAGAAGAAACAUUUUGCUGUCCAGGAUGUGUCACUUCAGAUAGCGCGAACAUGUCAUUCAUCUGUGAUUUACAAAGACUUACCAUUAAGAUCACCGUUUCUGAUCAAAAUUAUCAAAGAAAUCACGUAGAAGUUGAUGAAUUGCGAGGAAGACAGAGAAAGCAUGUUAAGAAAAAGAGAGCUACCGGUGACAACUCUUUCGUCAAAUGAAGGAAAUAAAGACGUCAUAAAAAGACCUUGGAAACCAACCAAUGGCAACCAACCUUCUAGCACACGCGCAGAAAAAGUACGACUGGGAGCUGAUUGUGUACGAAACAAACACAAUGAUGUACGAAGAAAUUCGUCAAAGGAAUCAGAGGAGUCCUUGUCAGGAUUUACCGGAAGUUUUGAAGAAUUUGUUCAGAAAGAAAUAUCAUCGAUUAGAGAUCUAGAGAACCAAGCGCAUUUAUUAGCAUCAUCAUUGUGUCAUUCAAUGAACAUGGAGUUAAUCCGACUCAGGUCUUUCCAUAAUUUUCCGUCCUCAAAAACUGUUUCUACACUGCGACUGGCUCGCCAGGGAUUUUACUAUUGUAGGGAUGAGGAUGUCACAAUCUGUUUUGCUUGUGGCUGUCGAAAACGAGACUGGAGGUCUGACGAUAUUAUUGAGGUCGUUCAUCGUAACAUGUCUCCUGACUGUCCCCUUCUGUCGUCACAGCCCACUAGCAACAUCCAAAUUGGAAAUGACCAAAGGAAUGGGCAUUUUAUAAACGAACUUGAACGACAGCUUAACGCAAGUAGCAACGAUAUUCCUAGCAGUAGCAAUAGACAUCCAUCCUCAUUAACUUCAGGAAGUGUGUCGUCUGGAAACGCUAUCAAAACAGAACCAAAUAUUGAUAAUAUAGACAACAAAGGUAGCGGUAAAGCUCCUUCCUCACAUACGACUUCAAACGACCUCUUGACUAAGACAAGAAUGCAGCAAGAUAAGAUAAAUGCAUUCAUUCGAAACCUGGAUCCAUUAGGAAUUAACUUUGACCGUCCAAAAUAUCCUUCGUACUCGGUGCUAGCUGUAAGGGUGAGUUCCUUUGCGGAUUGGCCAUCUAGUUUAACGCAGACCCCUAGAGAUUUGGCUGUUGCGGGGUUUCUGUAUGCAGGUUACGGAGAUUAUACCCGUUGUUUCUUUUGUGGGGGAGGAUUGCGUAACUGGGAACCUGGAGACGAUCCGUGGACCGAACAUGCCCGAUGGUUUCCAAAGUGUGCCUUUGUGAGACAGAAUAAAGGAGACGAGUUUGUUGCAUUGGUUCAAAUCCAGCAUCAGGAACUGGAAGCUAUGGGGGCAGCAAACGAAAACCAGGCGGGAAACCAAGCAACUGCAACUGGUCACGAAAACGUUACCUCUGAACGUUCAUCAGAACCAGAUGUUUCUAGUCUUCCAGCUUUUCAAAGUGUUCUAGAAAUGGGAUAUCCAUCUCAUGUUAUACAACAAGCAUUCAAUUUUCUGAAACACAAAAAAGAGUGCAUAGACAUUAAGGCCGAAGAAGUAAUGGAGGUCAUUUUGUCAGGUGAUGACAUACCACCGUCUUCUGCUGCGAAAACAUCAGACAAUGUCAAGGACAUUACUGUAAAGUCAAAUGAAGAUAGUAAACAUGCUAAUGAGCAGCAAACCAAAUCUUCUUUAAUGGCAGAUACAAAAGAAUUUGAGGAAGCAGACACUCGCUCGUUGAUCGAGGAGAACAGACAACUGAAGGACCUCAGGAUGUGUAAAAUCUGUAUGGAGAAGGACGCCUCCAUCGCCAUGUUGCCGUGUGGACAUCUUUGUUGCUGUACGGACUGUGCUCCCGCCAUGAGAAAGUGUCCAAUAUGUCGGCAGUUCGUGAAAGGGACUGUCCGUACUUGGCUUGCAUGACUAUAUGUAACUUAUUUGUUCAAUAGUAAUAAAAAUUAUCACAUCUUUA